AUUUCUAUACUUGCUGACACAGAAGGUCUUUCAGAGCAAACUUGGGGAUGAAAUGGCAACAUGCAAACAGCAAGCGUUUGUUCUGGCAACCAAGUUUACCUGGAUAUUAUACUGUGCUGGGGCUGCUGCAACGCAAAUUCCUUGCACAGUUACAGUAAAUCAGCUUCAGUUCCUGGAAGCCAACAUUACAUCAAGCAACAUUACAAUACCGUGCACUUUUUCAACCAAAGGAUGCCCUAGCUCCUCCCCUACAGUCCUCUGGUUCCGGUAUCUGGCCCACACCCAUGAAGGCCUGUGCACGCCAAAAUGCACAAAGAGUGAGAAGUUCCAAGUGACCAGCACAGUGCCUGAAAACCAGGCUUCACUUCGGAUCAGCAACAUCACCAUAGAGGAUAGCGCCAUUUAUUUCUGUGGGGUCGCAUUUCCAGAUUCAAAUGACUUCACUUCCAAACAAACUGGGGAAGGAACCACAUUAACGAUAAGAGCAAGCAAGAAACACAGCCAAGGAGUCUAUGUUAUGACAACCAUUUCAUCGUUCCUGUUCUUCUACAUCGCUGCCAUACUUGCAACUUUUAAAUUCUUCUCCAAGCCCAAAACUAAGGAAACAGGGAGAGGAGGCCACAACGCUGGAAGCAAGGGAAGCGGACGAUCGAUUUCCCGAGCAAUAGCAGAGGAACUACGCAAAAAGAAACACAGGUUAAACUAUCGGCCUCGGCACUCAGAAAAGGAGACCAUCUACCAAAACAGGUGAAUCGUCACAGUACACACGCUAAGGCUGCCUGGAACAGAAUGCACUUCCAAACUCAGCUUGGGUGUUUAAAUGAUUGCAAGGAACUCUUUUUUUAAAUAAAUAAAUAUAAAUAUCA